AUGCUGUCCAAUAACCCCCCAACCAACCAACUUCAUGCCCGUCACAGAGCGCACCGACGCCAGAAUUCGACACCGACGGCAUUCGAAGCAGUGAAGAUCCAGCCCUUGCCCCAAAAUGUCCAGCGUCAACGAGCUCUCGGCCACCGCCGAGGCCUCAGCCUGGACACAAGACGGCAGGACUUUGCUACGCAUGUACUGCGAGAAGCGCAGCAGCAACGCAUCCAAGCACGCCCGGGCCCCCGCCAGCAAGCACACCUUCGACAACACUCACAACAACAGAUUCACCAACAGCAGCAAAUGUUCAUGGCCGCCGGCGACCAUGAAAACUACCUCAUGUCCCCCCAUGGGACGCCCCACGCCCAGCGCUUCGACUCCUCGUGCUUUGAUUCGUCCCCCAUACAGUACAACCAGUAUGGCAACCAGAUGAACGGCAUGAUGGCCAAGAACCAGCACGCCUACGCCGGCAACAUGGCCGGUAACAAGGACUUUGAACUCUUUGCGUCUGACAGCGCCCUCUCGACCCCUUCGUUCAUGAACUUUGGCGACGCUCCCGGAACCCCACAGGGCUGGAUCUCUGAGGGCGAAACCUCUAGCACGAGGCGCUCCUCGAGGAGGAUCAGCAACGGCAUCAUGGACAGAGUCAGCAAGUUCGAGACGAUGGGCAUGGAGAUGCAAAGACCAACCACGCCACCUCAUCAGGAUGCAACAAACUACUUCCCCCCUACCCCCAUGGAGACCCCCCACGACAGGGCUGUCAAGCACGAGCCCAUGUCUGCGAGGCCGACUCGGUUCGCUGAGGGUUAUGAUGAGUCGAUGGAGGAGACGCUGAAGCCCGUGAGGCGGACGAACCAGCGCGCCCAGAACAUCUUUGAGGAGUUGCGGAGACAGUCCGAGGAGAACGUCAUGCCCGGAUCUCAGCAGCCUUCCCAGAUGGCCGACGGUCUCUACGACCACGUGGUGCCCACGCCGGAUUUUAUGAACAUGAACAACUUCAACAACGAGUUCAUGAAGAUCCAGGGUGGCUACGACGGCCUCUCGGACGAUGUGCAGGUCCACUCCGACAUGUCCCAGCAAUCGACUCCCCAUACGCCUCUCAUGAACUAUCACAGCGCAUUCGACAACAGGCCCGAUCUCCACCACCCCAAUAUGACCGUCGGCUCUGUCUCUCCUAGCAGAUCCUUCGACGACAGAUCUUUCGAUGAAUCCCGCCGCUCUUCGCCCCAUCGUCGCACCGAGUCUCUUGCCAGCAUUGCCAGCGCCGCCAGCAUCGCGAGCAUCAACAUUGAAGAGACCAAGACUGAGACCGGUGUCACGCUCGAUGAGAUUGCCAUGUACAUUACAGGACCCGACCCCAACGACGGCAAGUGGACUUGCGUAUACGAGGACUGCGGCAAGAAGUUUGGCCGCAAGGAGAACAUCAAGUCCCACGUCCAGACGCACCUCAACGACCGACAGUACCAGUGCCCUACUUGCAAGAAGUGCUUCGUUCGCCAGCACGAUCUGAAGCGCCACGCCAAGAUUCACACCGGCAUCAAGCCCUACCCUUGCGAAUGCGGUAACAGCUUUGCCCGCCAUGACGCCCUUACCCGUCAUCGCCAGCGCGGCAUGUGCAUUGGAGCCUUUGAUGGCAUCGUCAAGAAGGUUGUCAAGCGCGGUCGCCCCCGCAAGCACCGUCCCGAGAUGGACGAGCGCGUCAACAAGUCGACUCGCACCAGGACCAAGAACAAGUCUACCACUUCCACUUCGUCGCAAUCCGGCUACUCGGACAGCUCCGCGGCCAACUCGCCCGAGAACGACUUCAACAUGAUGUCGGACGACCAAUUCGAAAUGGGCGGCAUCAGCAUCGAGCGACGAGGAAUUGACAUGCCCCUUCAAAUUACUACGGUCUCAUCCGCACCCAUGCCUUCGUCGCCUCCCCGUAUUCACAGGGAAUUGCGCGAAUUGCAUGUGGAACCAUCACCGGCCGCGAGCCACAAUUCCGGAUACGUGUCGCCCGAGGCCCUCAUGGAGGCACCCAUCUCGUUGCCCCAGCAACCCGAAUCGCCAGCCAAGAGCGAGUACAACACCCCGCCGGAACUUUCCCAGUCAUCGUCCCCGCCGCCCAAUCAGUUCUUCGAUGCCGAGCCCAACAACUCUGGCUUCAGCGACGACUCGCUGCUCGCUGGAAUGAGAGGCAAUGCUGGCCCCGUUGGCAACACGAGCAUCUCGAGCCUGGGCCUGGGCGAUGCCGAUGACGAACUCCUCAUGAAGGCCUUCACGACCGAGGAGGGAAUGGUUCAGUUCGACCGCGACCCAAGCAUGCUCAUGAUGAGCAAGUUUGACGAGGAAUUUGACGACGCAGUCAACAUGUUCACCAACAACGACGACGUCUUCUUUGGUAGCUCAUAG